AUGGUGAAUACGAGAAUUGGCGGAUCGCAGGGCUCCUCCACAGGAGCUCCGGGAAUUCCAGUCUCAACGCAAGAUCCUCGAUCCCACUAUGACCCCGCCACGACGGGGUAUAAUCCUGCAACAGGCGCGGCAUACGCGAAGCCUUCAGCAAAAUCAAAAGGUAGAGACUGCAGAGCUCCCCCUCCCCUCAGUCUCAAGGAGAAAUCAAAGACUGACAUCGUUGUAGCUACUCGAAGCGAUCGGAUUUGGCAUACUCCGAACAACGUGCAACGGGCCGAGAUCGAAGAAGCCACGGCGACAUCUGGAACAGGCGACUCUUCAAAAUCGACAACGACAGAGUUCUCUGAGAGUUCGAGGCGAAAGGCGAAACGAAUUGGGGCGAGUGUUCAAGUCAGUACAUCGGACCUUGUCGUGGACGAAAGUACCUUUGCAAUGGAAUAG